CCACACACCUCGUGCUAGUACUCGCUGAGACGUCCCAGCGCAAGGAAGCCAGGCCGUGCUCGUCCGCUGGCUGCCGAGGGAGGGUGGUGGCAGAACCCGUUUCCUUUUUUUUUCUUUUUCUUUUUUUUUCUAUCAUAAAGGGCCGAAGGAGAAAGUGACACUCCUGGCGAAAGUUGUGCAAUUGGAGGGAAAGUGAUGUUGUUAUGUUUACUGUGAUAGUGAUGUCUAUUGUUUUGUUUUGAUAAUUACAAAAGGAAAAUGGAACAUGAGUGUUAAGUGGCAGUUGGUCGUUUCAAGAGAAAAUGCGUAAUUAAAUUUCAGUAAUUAAGAAUAAAACCUUAAAAAAUACAAAACAAAACACCAACAGUGAUGCCAGAACCGAAAGAAACAACCACUUGAAGCGCAACGGAAGAGGUCAGCCGAGGUCAGAGAGGAACAGCGAAGUCAAGAGAGAGAGAGAGAGAAAAAUAAAAGUGAGAAAGAGGAAAAUAAACAGGCCAAGACGAGAACAAGCCCCACCGACCCAGGAGGAGGAGGAGGAGGAGGAGGAGAAGGAAGGUGUCUCGAACAACCCCCUCAACCCCUCAACCCAUCAACCCAUCAACCACAAUCCCUGUUACCAAGAUGAAAGCAGGUCGGAAGCUGCACUGGCUGAGCGGUGUCAUAGGCAGCGCUAUGAUAAUUUACCUGUACGCCCUCAGACAGUCGCCGACGCCCGUUCCCUUUCUACAG